ACGGUACGGAGAUCGGGACAACGGACGCGUUGCGUGUGGUUACACUGCGCAAGUCCUCCUUGGCAUCUCCCCCCUCGUCUACAGCCUGUACUGGGCCAGCCGGGUUAUGAGCAAGGUGUGGCGGUCCGGCUGCAGUCGAGGCCUGCGUUGCGUCUCCACGCCCUGCGCGUCAAGUUGCAGUCGCUGCGAACGACGAUGUCACGACGUAUCGCCGUCCGGCGAGCAGGGUCCCCAGGGGCAUCAUCCGUCCUGCUCUGUGUAUGUUCGUCGAUGCUCCCGAGUCGCUCGUUGCCCCGAUAUGCAGCAAGCUUGAUGUCGUCAUCCUCCGCUCCGGUUCGUCACUGGACUGCCUGGAGCCUGCGACCGACAAUGUAACGAUGUAUCGGCGUCCGGCGAGCGGAGCCCGUCGGACGGACGCAUUGCAGGUCCCUGCCCUGCGCCAUUCGUCGUUGUCCGCAGUCGCAGUCUGUCUGUACGUGGGUCUUCACUGCCGCGGUGAACGACGGUGUCUGCAUCCGGCCAACGGGGUUGCAGAGCAAUGGCAUGGGGUCGUCCAGGCUGCAAUCAGCGCGAACGAUAAUGUCACCACGUAUCGGCGUCCGGCGAGCAGGGUCCAAGGAAGCUCGAAGAGGGGUCGCACGAUGAUGGGGAGGACGGACGUGUCGUGUCUGCGGCAUUCCGCGAGAUCACCCGUCGUCGGCGGUCUGCACUUGGCCAAUAUCGCCAUGUAUUCGCGUCCAGCGAGACGGCCAAGCCGGGAGACGAGGCCGCCACGUCCCGCUGUAUUGGAUGCAGUCAAGGCUUCACGCGAUCACAGGGCCAGCUGUCGCCGCGUUCUACACGCUCGUGCCACUGUUCUUUGUCGACUAGGAGGCUGCAGGUCGUGUUGUGGGCGAGAACGGCGUGCCAGCGGACAUCCACAAGGCCGGGCAAGCCGCGAGGACGGUGUACCUGUCCGACAAGUCGUCGUGGUCGCGGCAAACGGCGAUGUGACCAUACAUCGACGUCCGGCGAGCGAGGUUGGGAGGCGACGUGGAGUACGAGUGUUGCGACGCGCACCAUGUCCGCUGUCCGCGUACUCGCCGCUGGCACGACGACUGGACUGCGCCUGUUCAAAAGUGUCCGCCGGUCGAAGGUGGUCGUGCGCGGUACGGGGUGUGGACGCACUUUUGGGCCUUCGAGAACGCGCGGAACGGUCAUGCGGGGACGUGGAGAAGGGAGUGAGUUGCAGCACAGGAAGGCGUCCACUGCGAGCGGGCCGUUUCGACAGGGGAACACGGGUAACGGCUCCAACGGGAGGCGACUGACACUCACUGCGCGCGCUGUGCCACGGACCGUGGUGAGUGCGCUGUUCCGCCGCCACGCACGCUGAGAGCAGGCCCCGGUUUGCGAUGUGAG